CACGGUUUGUUGCGUGGCUAGUCUCACGUAUUGAUCAAACUGUCUCUCACAAUACGAGUAUUUGCUGUUAAACGUUCUGACACUACUUGCAUUUGUUGGACUUCGGACUACGUGAGUCGAUCCACGUGAGCUACAGUUAACAAUACGAUCUACUGAUUGUUCAAUUUAAAAUGCGAAUGUUCGAGUCCCUUUUGUCAUCGAUACCAAAGAAUCGUUCUACAUUCGUGAACGAAUUGGACUUACCGGACGAUAUAACAGUUUCACCGUACUGGACAGAGCCGGACUCCUUGACGGUGAGGAGCGACAGCAUACUGUCUACCACCACUGAGGACGAGGUGAACACUAUCAGCACUGACUCGAGUAUACCGCUGUCCAGAGCGAUGACCGAUUCGGAAAUCGAUUACGAAUUGUACAGAAGGUACAAAAAUAGGAGUUUCAGUGAUCCCUGGCUUGAGAUGAAGGCUGCAAAUGACGCUUUCCCGCCUAAAUACCUGACUUCGCUUUACAGUUUUCAGAAUUCAUCACUGAACACUGUAGAAAGUGCGAUGGAGCGUGUUCACCGCUACAAUGAAGAAUUGAAGUUGAAGAUGGAGCGGUUUUUUAAUGACGAAUGUCGGGUGUUCACCCCCGAUGAUCCUAGUCUGUUGACGCUAGAGAAGGCAUUGCAUAAUGUCGAUUUGAAGUACUUGGAUUCAGAUUUGGAUAGCAUUACGCCGUGAUUCAAAUUUGGAAGAUACAGUAAAUAAUAAAUACUCACCGGUUUUCAUAUAUUCUUAGUGGAGUACACAGCAACAACAACAUACUUUUGACGUCUGGUUUUUUUUACAUCACGUGAUAAAAAAAAUUUACUACUGUGGAUAGUUUGUAAAUUUUCUUAUUUUUACUUUGAUCUCAGAGGACAGUAAAUAUUUUAGAAAUGUUAUAUUUGUAAUUAUAUUAAAAAUAUUUGUGAAAGAUUUCGCCAUUUGUAAAUCACUUUUUUUUAUAUUACAAAGGUGGCAAACAAGCAUACAGUCCGUUUAAUGGUGAUGGUAAUGGACGGUCACUGUAGCCUGUGACACCUACAACACCAAUACUCGAAUGUAAAUACCCAACACUAACUUUAUUUUGUAUGGUUACCAUUCAGCGUACAUUGAUUAUUUUUUUUUAUACAACUUAGAAUAGCAAACAAGCUGACGGCCCAUCUGAUGGAAAAUGGUAACCGUCGCCUAUAGACAUGAGCAGUACCAUGGAUAUAACAGAGUAUACUGUUUCGCCCAUGAUACCCCCAUGCGUUGCCAUUCCUGAGGACUCAGGUGUUAUUCUUCUGUACCCAGUAAAUUCACGUCAUAUCCCACCCUUCAAACCGAAACACAGCCAUGCAAACACAACUGCUUCACGGUUGAAACACGAAUGGGACAGAGGUACGCAAGCAAUCGACUUUUGUACAAAGUCUCCCUCUGGUCCCGGCGGCGCACGGGUGGACAUUUUUAACAUUUCCCUUCACUACUCUGCUCCUAUUGAUCGUAACGUGAUGAAAAGUACACUGUAACCUGCCCAGCAGUAUGAAGAAUAAUUGUACCAAGUUUCGUUAA